CCGGGCACCGACACCCGGAGCUGCGCCGCCCGCCGCCAUGCGGUUCCGGUUCGGGGUGGUGGUGCCGCCCGCGGUGGCCGGGGCCGGGCCGGAGCUGCUGGUUGUGGGGUCGCGGCCCGAGCUGGGGCGUUGGGAGCCGCGCGGGGCCGUGCGCCUGAGGCCUGCGGGCACCGCGGCGGGCGCGGGGGCGCUGGCGCUGCAGGAGCCCGGCCUGUGGCUCGGGGAGGUGGAGCUGGCGCCCGAGGAGGCGGCGCAGGACGGGGCGGAGCCGGGCCGCGUGGACACGUUCUGGUACAAGUUCCUGAAGCGGGAACCCGGAGGAGAGCUCUCCUGGGAAGGCAAUGGACCUCACCAUGACCGUUGCUGUACCUAUAAUGAAAACAACUUGGUGGAUGGUGUUUAUUGUCUCCCAAUAGGACACUGGAUUGAGGCCACUGGGCACACCAAUGAGAUGAAGCACACCACAGACUUCUAUUUUAAUAUUGCAGGCCACCAAGCCAUGCAUUAUUCAAGAAUUCUACCAAAUAUCUGGCUGGGUAGCUGCCCUCGUCAAGUAGAACAUAUAACCAUCAAACUGAAGCAUGAAUUGGGGAUUACAGCUGUGAUGAAUUUCCAGACUGAAUGGGAUAUUAUACAGAAUUCCUCAGGCUGUAACCGCUACCCAGAACCCAUGACACCAGACACCAUGAUUAAGCUCUAUAGGGAAGAAGGCUUGGUCUACAUCUGGAUGCCGACACCAGAUAUGAGCACUGAAGGCCGAGUACAGAUGCUGCCCCAGGCGGUCUGUCUCCUGCACGCGCUGCUCGAGAAUGGACACACCGUGUACGUUCACUGCAACGCCGGGGUCGGCCGGUCCACCGCGGCCGUGUGCGGCUGGCUCCAGUACGUGAUGGGCUGGAAUCUGAGGAAGGUGCAGUACUUCCUUAUGGCCAGAAGGCCGGCUGUGUACAUUGACGAAGACGCACUGGCCCGGGCAGAAGACGACUUUUUUCAAAAAUUUGGGAAGGUUCGUUCUUCCAUCUGUGGUGUGUAGGUGGCCUGUCUGCUUCCCCACCCUCCCAUUUUCCUUAGGGACCCAGUUUCCUUAGGUGAUGUUAGUAGAAUGACCUACAAACAAAGAUUCCACCAGAACUGAAAAGAUUGGUCACUUGGCUUUGCCCGCAGUCUGCCCCCUUUUGUCUGGGGUUGACAUUCUGUCAUGCUUUGAUUGGGCUGUAUUUUCUUUGAAAUUCUUCACCGUGGAAGCUGUGACUAACUGACACAGGACAAAAAGCCACAAACAAUUGGACUGCACAGUGUUCUAGCAUUGGACAGAAAAGUAAUGCAUGCAUCUGUUGUAUUACGGCUCAAUCACUACACCUUUUCAUGGCACUGUAAUGUGACCCGCAGAACAAAAGAUGGGGGAUCCAUAGAUGGGACUACUUGCACAUUGAUGCAUGCACAUGUGCACAGCUUUUCUGCUCAACUGAACUGAAAGGAUACAACGAGAGCUGGUCAGUUGCCAAAGAAGGGAAUGUGGAUAGAAGCAUGGACUAAGACAGAGGAGGAGCUCUCAUGACUGAAAGUUGAUGGCUUUCGAAGCUUGGUGUUGACAUCCUGCUUCCCAGUUGUUCCAGUCGGUUCCAGGCACCACCUUCUCUACCCACAACCCUGUGUGACAACCACAGGACAGUUAUUGUCUCUCUCUUUGGUGUAAUUGAGGCUCAACAAGCGUAGACAGCUUACCGCAGGUCUCAUGGCUGGUCUGGGACCAGCUAGUGUUUAAAGCCCACAUUUAUGUGUCUCAGUGCUUUCAACACAACUUGUUGGUUUUCCAGCACAGUGUAGUGGAUUCUGUGUCUUUUUCUUAGAAUAAGGCCAGUUUUUCUGCAGCAGUUUCUACAGUGAGAAAUGGAACAGCAUUCUGAUUAGUUGCCAAGGAAUUUAGGAAAGUAGUUCUAUUUUGUGCCACCUGACUUAAAACAUGGUGGGCUGUCCCAGCACCCGAGAGGCCUGAGCCAUAGCUCACGAGAGGAGCCGUCCUCCCAGAAGAGCCCAGAAUGUGAGACUCACUACCCAGGAUUCUGUCGGAAAUACAAAGAUGAACAAGACCCUGCCUUCAAAAAGCUCACAGCCCAGAAAGAGCCCGGUGUUCAACCAGCCGUCCUGCAGGAUUGAUCUAUGAUGAUAUGCUGGAGUGAGGGAAGGAGAAGUAGCUUUUGUCAGGUGCCUUGUAUGUGCCAGGUGCUUUUCAAUUUUAAUUGAACCUUCACGGUACCCUAUGAGGGCAGUUCAUUACCUCCGAUAUAGAGCCGAGAAGACGAAGGAUCAGAUAGUCAGUCAGCUGCCCGGCAUCCAUGGUGAAGAAAUGGGUGAAAUGAGAAAGCUAGGUUUGUUUAAUUCAACACCCUUUUUCUAUGACACUGCAAUGCCUGCUUAUUUUCCUGCUUCUUUUUUUUCUUCUGUAAUUAUUUAUUGAUAGAUAUGAGAGACUCUGAAUUAGGAAGUAUGGGGGAUAAGAAGGACACAAGGUAAGUUCCACUGGAGUUCAGAGGAGGCAGGGACAUCGUUACUGUGGGGCUCAGGGGCGAUGGCUUUUGAUUUGUCAGAGAAUGCUAGACAUCUCACGUUUCUCCUGCAGGUUUACCAAGUUAAAUUUAUAAGGCAGGAUUGAAUAUUAUGAAAUCUUGCUCCCUUGUUAAAAAUAACUAGAGGUAACUAUUAUAUCUAAGUAACCCAUUUAUGAUCAUAAUGUGUUGCGUAAAACUUAACCCUAAAAGUGGAAUAUUUCUAACCAGUUGUGUGUGUGUG